UAAGCGGAUCAUCACUCCCUGUCAUUUCCACCAACCCCCCACUACACAAUACCGUCACUUGCAUCCGCACGCGACCUGCAUCAUCGUCAUCCGAUCAUACCGGAUUAAUCUCAACUUCACACCACACACUCCACCACCACUUACAACUAUGGCUCAAAAAGCCGCCAAAACCCUCGCCGCGCGCAACGCGUCCCUCCUCACCCGCACCCACCUCAUCAGUGCCGUCCUGCACAUCCUCUUCCUAACUCUCCACUGGCUCUUCAACCGCCCCCGCUCCCUAAUCCCCUACUUCACACUCGCCUGCCCGACCCUUCUCAUUGAAUUCUACCUCGAACGGCUCGGCCGUCCGGUCUACAACCCCGCUGAUGGGUCCCUCCGCUCUCCCGGCGAGGAUCUCGGCGCCGCAGGACUAACAGAAUACAUGUGGGACGUGCUGUACUGGACGUGGGGAUGUCUUGGAGCUGCCUGCUUGUUUGGGGACCGUGCUUGGUGGUUGUGGAUUGUCGUGCCGGUGUAUUCGGUCUGGUUGGCGUAUAGUACCUUUAUGGGGAUGAAGAGUGGGUUGGCGGGUAUGGGAGGUGCGGCGGAGAGUAAGAGGCAGAAGAAGAUGGAGAAGAGGGGUGCUAGGGGGGUGCAGUAUCGGUGAGGGGGUUGACAUUUCGGAAUUUCAAGUGGAGUGGCUUUUUGGGGUUGGGUUAUGCAUAUAUAUUACUACAGAUGGCUACGCAUUGCGCGGUUGGGUUUCACCAUUUCUUAUGGUAAAGCAAAUUGUAUUUUAAUGUAUGUGAAGAUAGAUUGGAUGCGAGAUGAGCGCUUCCCAAAAAGCAAAAGGUUUCAGUGCCAGAGGGGCACAGAAAUGUUGAAGCACGAGUGGCCGUUACAAGAAUU